AUGUCCGAAGCCGCGCACAUCGCAGUGCGAAUCAAGGCGCACACCAAGAUUGGCUACGGGGAAGACCUAUUGGUGUGCGGCUCCGCACCUGCCUUGGGCAGUUGGAACCUGGCAGAUGCAGCCCUGAUGCAGUGCAAGGGGGACUCGUGGACCUUGACCACGGAGCUGCCAUGUGGGGUGCGUGUAGAGCUGAAGCUGGUCCAGCGUCCUCAGGGUCGUCCGGUGGUUUGGUACGGGACGGGGCCCGGAGGCAAUGGGAACCUGAUGCUCGAGACGAGCCUGGGUGCCUUGUCUUCGACAGUGCGAGAUAGGGCACGGCCCUUGGUUGCGAUUUGCGGUGCAGGGAUGCUCGCGAUGCUAAGUGUGUAUAGCAGGGAAGACGUUGGUCAAACCGGAGGCCUUCCACCACUGGCACCCGGACCUCUUCCCGGCUUAGCGCCGCGGCUCACGGCCGAGGUUCUCAGCAAGCUAGACCGAGAGAGCCGGAGAAGCGGCACGGCGAGUGCCCGGCUCGUGGCCGCCAUGGGGAGCGCUCCUUCUCAGCAGCAACAGCACCUACAGAAGCAAUCGCAGCAGCCGCCGGCCCCACCGCUGCGGCAGCCACAGCAGCGCGGAGUUUCUCUGCCGCCGCUGCCGCGUACGCAGCGGCUGAUGGCUGCUUCUGCAGAUCAAGCAGAUUCCACGCCUUCGAACGCGCCCUCGAAGAAGCAAGGGCGAUCUUCGAGUGCGCAGCCCUUGCAGCCCUUGUCCCGCCGGCGGCCUCGACGGAACGGCCCUGUGCAGAGCUUGGACUGGCAGUCGAAGGAGGCCUGGCGGGCGACGGACGGUGUCCUCAUGCGCGCCUACGCGGCCCGAGUGGAGAAGGAUGCUCCGACGAUACCGUGCCCGCACUGCGGCCGGAAGUUCCGAGAGGAGGCUUUGGACACACAUGCGCGCGUCUGCGUCAACGUGUUCGGCAAGCAGCGGAAGGCCUUCGAUGCCCAACGCCAACGCAUGCCUCCCGGAGCUCUUCGCCGGAGAGCCCGCAUCAGAGAGGUGAAACUCGUGAGCAACUGGCGGCAGCAGAGCCGUGCACUGCGACUCGCCAUGCGUGCUGCGCGGCGCAGCUACCACGCCCGGGAUCGAUUCCUCGGCCCUACUUCGGGCGAGGCCGCGGGUUUGGAUGGCCGUGUCCCUUGCCCACACUGCGGCCGGAAAUUCGGGGAAAACCAGGCAGCCCGGCACAUCCCAGUUUGCCGAGCCCAGGUGCCCGCCCAGGCAGCAUCUCCGGGGAAGCUCGCGGGUGAGUCUCGGCCCGCAGGAUUCUCCCCUCCGCUUGAGACGGAUCUCUGGCCAGCAGGCUUCCCCUGGCGCCUCGAAGUCGAAGAGCUAAGCCCAGAAGAGGCACAGCAAGGAAGAAAUCACAACGACACACCCCUGACGGAACGUCACGAGUUUGCUUUCGACCUUUUGCUGAUGUCAUCCGCAUCGAGUUCCUCGUUCGAGGACUCGGAUGCAGAAGCCAGUUCUGACGAUGGUCAGACUGCAGCCGUUGCGGACGGCAAGGACGACAGCCAGCAAGAAGAGCGGAGCGAGAAGGAGAAGGCAGAGGAAGAGGACGGCGUGUGGGGCCACCUGGACAGUGUGAUUCCAAGCCACGAAAGGCAGAGGCUCGAACGUGAGGCGGUUUUGAGAAAGAAAGAGGAGGAGAAGGAGAGAGAAGCUGAAGCCGCUGUCUACGUGGGGAAGCCAGGCAUGCGGCCCAGCUGGGAUGGGGGAGGUUGGGGCGGUCCAAAAGACGGCUACGACAUGGACACGAGAUACAUGUUGAGGGGUGAGGCACGGGAGCUCCCUGACCAUAUCUACCAGAAAUGGAAAUUCCAGAAGAACGACGAGCACUUGAGAAUCCAAGUUAUGACGAAGGACAAAAAGAAGAAGGGAAAGAAGAAAAAGGGCAAGGGUACGGACGUUCCCCGUAAGAAGAAGGACAAGAAGGACAAAAAAAAGAAGAAAAACAAGAAAGAGAAAGCCAAAAAGGACAAGAAGGAGUUUGUUCUCGAUCGUGGCUGGCCUGACUCCAGUUCCGUCGAUGUGGAUGAGUUCUUGCGAAAGCAGCAGGAAUGGACCCUCGACGGCCGUCUUCCAGCCGUCUUCGACGUGAGAUCUCCUGGGGAGUUUGCCGCGGGGCACAUCCCUGGUGCCACGAACUUGCCGCUGCUGGAUGAUGACGAGAGGCUACUGGGGUCCUGGCUGCCCACUGGGGACCGUGUGAAAGCAUCAUGUGCUCUGAGAAUGCCACACUGCGCUUGCAGGGCUGCAGUCGGCACCAUGUUCGCCAAUCUAGGGCCAGAGGAAGCCUUUGAUUUAGCCCUCGACAGCGUGCAUCCAAAGCUGGCCGACUUGUUACGUCAGGCUGAUGCGCACACCGCCGGCCUCGAAGAGGCGAGGCGGCACGUCCUCCUGUACUGUAAGCGAGGUGGACUACGUUCACAAUCAAUGGCCAAGCUUCUGGCGAGACAUGGCUUCGAAGUUCUGGUCCUUCGGGGUGGCUACAAGGCUUUUCGCGGUUGGGCUGAGCGUGUUCUCCGUGAGAAGCCCCAGAAGGUCUGUGUGAUUGCUGGAGCGACUGGCAGUGGCAAGACCGAGGUCUUGGCAGAGCUUGGCAGGCAGAAACUUGGACAGGUCAUCGACCUCGAGGCCUUGGCCCACCACAAGGGCAGCGUCUUCGGCGGGCUCGGAGAGAAGACUCAGCCCAGCUCGGAGUAUAUGAGGAAUGCCGUGGCAUUGCAGUGGGCAUCGCUGAAUUCGUCGCGCUGGGUGUACUUGGAGGAUGAGGGCCCUCGCAUUGGCACGGUGGUGCUGCCAAGUGCUCUAUACCGUCGGCUUCGGCAAGCUGCGCUGGUGCUUCACUUGGAUGUGCCCUUCGCGCUGCGUGCCGAACGUUCGCUGGCUCUCUACGGCUCCUUUGGCGCAGAGGCCCUGUGUUCAGCAGUGGAGAAUUUUCGACACCGCAUGGGCCACAGCCGCACAGAUCUGCUUCAGCAGAAACUGCGCGAAGGGGCGCUCCGGGAAGUUUGUGAGGAGAUCUUGCAAAACUACGACAAGGCCUACAGCUACCAUCUGAAAAGGGGGCGAGCGGGCAGCGGGCAGAUCCUGCGCUUGCCGGUACAUACCUCGGACUCUGCUGCCGUGGCCCGCGAUGUCGCGGCCGCCGCGUUGAAGCUCGAGGAGGAUGUUGCUGACCUUCCUGCGGAGGGCGACUCAGCUUCCAACGUCUCCUCUACAAUCCGCGAGUUUCCCUGCUUCUGCGGAGCUGUUGUGGCCCGUGCAGUUGGCGACCCUGUUUCGGUGUCGAUUUGCCACUGCUCCAUAUGCAGGCGACUUUCUGGAGCUCCUUUCGUUGCUAGCGCCGUCUUCAGGCCAGAGCGUGUUGAGCUUCGGAGUCGACAGGGCGGUCUCCCUCAGCUGUCCGAGCUUCACACAUCAAAGCAGGUGACGAGGCAGCGCUGUGCCGUUUGCGGCGCGCCGGUUUGCGGCCGUCUGGGCCGAUACGUAGCCCUCCCUCUCGGGAGCUUGGUGUCCGCUGAGCAAAGUCGAAGCGGUAACGUGUCGGAGGCAUGGCGGCCGUCUCAUCACCUGCACUACGACAGUCGAAUUCUGGACAUCCAGGACGACCUCCUCAAGUAUCGGGGGCGGGCACGCGGCGAAGUGUGGAUGCCUGCAGAAGAAAAGAUCGCUUGCACGAAGUUUUGUCAGGUUGCCAAAGUGGCCCCGGCACCGACGCCUGGGCCGUCGUCGCCCUCGGGCGCGUCGGGAGCUGCGCCGGGACCCGUGGCCGUGACCACACAGCCGAAUGUCGAGGUUUCAGCCCUCUUGGCUGGUCAUGCGGCAGCCGCUGGCCACGCGGUGACCUACACCACGACGACCACCACCACCACUGCUGUGACGAUUAAUAAUGGAGCAGCACCUGGCUUCCCAACGCCACCGCCGCCUACUGGGCCAGCGAUCGAGUACCGGCCGCCGUCUCCACAGCCGCAGGCCAACGGGCACGCAGCAAACGGGACACAGGGUGGCAGCACUCAAGACAGCAAGGCGUUGCCAGCCCCGGCCGCCGAGCCCACGGAUCAGGAUAGACUAGCCAUGGUGGCCGCAAGGAAGCUGAACGCCGGCAUCCCUCGGGCUGGACCUCUACCGCUCCAGUGGAACACCAGCUGCGCGCGCGACGUGCGCGUGAGGGGUUCCUGGGAUGGCUGGAAGCGCGACUACGCGUUGGAGCCCUGUCCUGGAGUUGGGUUCCGGAUUAUGCUUCUCCUUCCUGCCGGUGAGUACGAGUUCAAGUUCAUAGUGGACGGCAACUGGACGACCUCGGAGGACAUGGAGACUACAAAGUGUGCCAACAGGAACAAUGUGGCACAAGUCAAUGAGAUGGUGCUUGUGCCGGUGCCGCUGUGGAAGUCGGACACAAACGACGGAAACAAGCCGGCGGCGGGUGAAUUAGAGGCUGGAACUUUGGCCAUCGAGGCCUGA